AGCGGUAGCCAUGUCACAUGACGUAGGUGAAUUUAAAACGUUGCGUCACGUGACGAGGUCUGCGCAUGUGCGUUGAGGCCUCCUUCCACGUCGCUAGCUGCUGGCUACACCGCCGAGAUGGCAGGAGGUGUGCGGAGAAAGUCUCCCGGCACCCCGUCCCCACUGUGGGGGAAACUUCACUCACUGUGGCAGGACAAACAUUUGGUCCUGUUCAAGACGGAGUACACGUUACUGGUCGUUUCGAUCUUGUGGUUCUUGGAGAUCGGGAUCAAUGUGUGGGUCAUACAUAAAGUAGCGUAUACUGAGAUAGACUGGAAAGCCUACAUGGAUGAAGUAGAGGGAGUCAUCAAUGGUACCUAUGACUACACCCAGCUUAAAGGAGACACCGGCCCCUUGGUGUACCCGGCUGGUUUUGUCUACGUCUUCACAGCUCUCUACUACAUCACCAGCCAUGGGGUGAAUAUCCGUCUGGGACAGUAUCUCUUUGCUGUUUUCUACCUCAUCACACUGCUGCUCGUCUUCAGGAUAUACCACCGCACUAAGAAGGUUCCUCCCUAUGUGUUCUUCUUUGUGUGCUGUGCUUCUUAUCGGAUCCACUCCAUCUUUGUGCUGCGUCUCUUUAAUGAUCCAGUGGCCAUGAUGCUGCUGUUUGCAGCCGUCAACCUCUUCAUGGAUGGAUACUGGACACUGGGCUGCGGCCUUUACAGUUUAGCAGUGUCUGUGAAAAUGAACGUGCUGCUCUUUGCUCCCGGGCUACUUUUCCUUCUCGUGUCUGAGUUUGGUCUAAUCAGGACAAUCCCAAAACUUUCUCUAUGUGCGGUUAUACAGGUUGCGCUCGGUCUGCCUUUCCUCCUGGAGAAUCCGAUUGGUUAUCUGAGCCGGGCGUUCGAUCUUGGUCGUCAGUUUAUGUUCAAGUGGACAGUCAACUGGCGCUUCCUGCCAGAAUGGCUCUUCUUGAAUCGGUACUUCCACUUACUCCUGCUGACUGCCCACCUGCUCACCCUGCUGCUCUUUGCUCUCCGCCGUUGGAAGAGGCCAGGAGAAAGCAUCUUCGAACUCCUCAAAGAGCCAAGCAAGAGAAAAAUCCCUGCACCGAAAAACACUGUUGAUCAGAUUGUGCUGAUUCUGUUCACCUCUAACUUUAUUGGCAUGUGCUUCAGCCGUUCGUUGCACUACCAGUUUUACGUCUGGUACUUCCACACGCUGCCUUACCUGCUCUGGAGUGGAGGAGUCAAGAAGCUGGCCCACCUGCUCAGGGUACUGAUCCUGGGUCUGAUCGAGCUUUCGUGGAACACCUACCCCUCUACUAACGGCAGCUCAGCUGCACUCCAUGUCUGUCACCUCAUCAUCCUCCUCUGUCUGUGGUUAGCUCCGGCCCUGCCUUCAGCCCCAGCCGAAACGCAAGAAGAUAAACCCGCCAAGGACAAACGCCAGUGAGCCACAGCCUGAUCGGACCGGGCAUCGUCUAAUCAGCUGCCGAACAGCCUCCAUGUUCCUCCUCUCUUUGAUCCUUGUGACGCUGGUGCACAGGGAGGUCCCGGGGUAGACUGUUUUAUAAGUGAAUACAAGGAGCCAUUUGAUGCUUCUCAUCUCACCUCACUGCAAAAAACGAAGGAAGCUUAAUGUGUGGGGUGCAGUCUGCAGACGAGUGCCUACAUGAUGAAACGGCUUGCAGUUGAAGAGAUGAAAAGAGAAAGGAAAUAUGGAUUCUCAGGUUUCAUUUUCAGAUACAUAAACAGACCGACAGGUGGGGCACAGCGCUAGGAGGAAAUUGUGAAUGUUAUGCUGUUUUGAAAGAAUUUGUUACAUAGGCUAUAUUUCUAUAUAUGUUAAAACUGCACUCUGCUCAUAUUUCAACUGGCUUAAUCAUUCAUAUAUGAUCCUGUACUUUGUAUUAAGAAGGCAGUAUAUUGAAGAAUAUCAUAAAUGUGACACAGGAUUUGAACUUUGCACCCAAAGCUUUAAAUUAAUUGCAUUAAUGGCAUUUCCACUUACACAAAUGUGUGAAACUAAGCUGCAGAUAAUCAGGUCUGACUUGUGUAAUCUGUUCAUCCUCAGAUGUCAGUGGUUUCCUGCACUCAUGAGCACAUAGGUCGAUUUCAUGUGAAAAAUGUGCAGUAGACUGAGGCAGCACAAGUGUGCCAUUUUAUAUUAAACAGAGAUGCCACUUAA